CUUUUCCCUUGUCGGAAAAAUCUUUUGGGCUUAACCUUCACUUAAUUUUUCAUGGAUCUGGUUUUGAGAAUCUUGUAAGGAGGAAGUGCCAGCAGUGGCGGAUCUACACGGGGUUAAAGCUGUGCACCCCUGAUUAAAACUCCUAGAUCCGCCAGACUGUAGGACAAUGUUCUCGGUUCAGAAGUUAAAUUGCUCAUGGUCACUGGUGACAACCAUGCUUUCAGUUGUGGCAUUAGUUACGAUAAUUCAGUUCUUCUUGUUUCCUGCUAUGCCUACUUUUGAAUACUUUGGAUAUAAGCAAGUCAAAGACUCUUGUACCCUGGUCAAUGGAACACUAGGUACUGGGAAAAAUCACAUUUUUCAAAGUAAUCAGCAGCCUUUGAAUGUUCGGUUUCCAGAUGACUUGCAUAAGGCGGUUGUUUAUCGCGGUGCACCAUGGAAGGCUGAGAUCGGUCGAUGGUUAUCUGGUUGUAAUUCAGUUGCCAUUCCAAUAAAAGUCAUUGAGCAAAUCAGUGGAAAGAAAUGUAAAGACGAGUGUAGUGGUCAAGGUGUUUGUAAUCAUGAAUUUGGUGAAUGUCGAUGCUUUCAUGGAUUCAAUGGAGAUGAAUGCUCCCAAAGAGUAGAGCUAAGCUGCAAUUACCCUGCAACGGAGGAACUACCAUAUGGCCGAUGGGUUGUUUCAAUCUGCUCUGCACAUUGUGACACAACACGAGCUAUGUGCUUCUGUGGUGAAGGAACCAAAUACCCAAAUCGCCCUGUUGCCGAGACAUGUGGGUUUCAACUAAUAUUACCACCUGAACCUGGUGCGCCAAAAGAUGUUGAUUGGUCAAAAGCUGACCAUGACAGUAUUUACUCUACAAAUGUUAGCGUGCCUGGAUGGUGUAAUGUGGAUCCAGUUGAAGCUUAUGCUUCGAGGGUGAAGUUUAAAGAGGAAUGUGAUUGCAAAUACGAUGGCCUUUUUGGACAGUUCUGUGAGAUUCCCGUGUUAUCUACUUGUAUUAACCAAUGCUCAGGUCGAGGGCAUUGUCGUGGAGGGUUUUGCCAGUGUGACAAUGGCUGGUAUGGAAUAGAUUGUAGCAUUCCAUCUGUUCAUUCAUCAAUUGAAUAUUGGCCACAGUGGCUUCGUCCUGCUCAAGUUAGUAUCCACAGCAAUGGGCCAGUCACUGGAAAUAUCGCCGGGUUCGAAGCAGCGAUUGAAAAGAAAAGGCCUCUUAUUUAUAUCUAUGAUCUGCCGCCUGAGUUUAACAGUCUCCUUCUCGAGGGUCGUCAUUUUAAAUUUGAAUGUGUAAAUAGGAUUUAUGACCCGGAUAACGCUACUGUGUGGACGGAUCAGCUUUAUGGUUCCCAGAUAACAAUGUAUGAAAGCAUGUUAGCCAGCCCACAUCGGACCCUAAAUGGCGAAGAAGCAGAUUACUAUUAUGUGCCGGUUCUUGAUUCGUGUAUCAUAACUAGAGCUGAUGAUGCACCUCACUUGAGCAUGGAGGAGCAUAGGGGCUUAAGAAGUUCCUUCACUCUUGAAUAUUACAAGAAAGCACACGACCAUAUCGUUCAGCAAUACCCCUACUGGAAUCGCUCCUCGGGAAGAGAUCACAUUUGGUCAUUUUCAUGGGAUGAAGGUGCUUGUUAUGCCCCGAAGGAGAUAUGGAACAGCAUGAUGUUGGUCCAUUGGGGUAAUACAAAUUCAAAACAUAACCAUUCGACAACUGCUUAUUGGGGUGACAAUUGGGAUCUAAUCUCGCUGGAUAGGCGGGGGAAUCAUUCUUGUUUCGACCCAGAAAAAGAUCUCGUGAUUCCUGCCUGGAAACAGCCCGAUGUCAUAUCUCUAAGCUUAAAGCUUUGGGCUAGGCCUCGACAGGAGCGAAAAACAUUGUUUUACUUCAAUGGAAAUUUGGGGCCAGCUUAUGAACAUGGACGGCCUGAACAAACAUAUAGCAUGGGGAUAAGGCAGAAAGUAGCCGCGGAAUUUGGAUCUUCCCCUAACAAACUAGGUGAGCUUGGAAAACAACACGCGGAAGAUGUGAUUGUGAUUGCCCAUCGCUCCGAAAGUUAUCAUGAGGAUUUGGCUAGUUCCGUCUUUUGUGGAGUGAUGCCUGGUGAUGGAUGGAGUGGUAGAAUGGAAGAUAGCAUUUUGCAAGGUUGCAUUCCCGUAGUUAUUCAGGAUGGUAUUUUUUUGCCAUGGGAGAACGUGCUAAACUAUGAGAGCUUCGCUGUUCGUAUACGUGAAGAUGAUAUACCAAACCUCAUAAAUAUCCUUCGGGGUUUCAAUGAAACAGAAGUAGAAUUCAUGUUGGCAAACGUAAAGAACAUCUGGCAAAGAUACUUGUAUCGCGACUCCAUCAUGCUUGAGGCUGAAAGACAGAAAUCUGCAUUUGGGUAUGUCAAAGAUUGGGCUGAAAAGUUGUCUGAACUAAGUGAUGACGAUGUUUUCUCAACAUUUGUACAGAUACUGCAUUACAAACUAUAUAAUGACCCUUGGAGAAUACAAAACGCCGGUUUGAUAAAGGAGGAAACCGGUUUACCUGAAGAAUGCAUACACAAAGUAUAGGAAGGAACAAAUAUUCAUUGAACCCGAGCUUUGGAAUUGUUCGUUGAGUGACUUAUGGCACUCCGCGACACACAAUUGUAAAAUUAUAGUGUUUCAUUUUCGGGUUCUUUUAUAAUUUUGUUAGUUAUUUUAACAUUUGUAAUUUUGGGUAAAUGCAAAGACUAAUUUCUUUGAA